AUGCCAAUAAUGUUUGGGAGAACGAUAAAGAGGCCCCCCUGGAGACAAUGUAAGGUGGGAUCUCGGGAUGACCUUCAGGUCGGCCAGGCAUUGAACAACAAGGUGAUGGAAUUACAAGAGCAAGACUUCAACUUCACCAUCGACACUGCCUUCACAAAGGAGAUUAGGGUAGAACGCCUGCCCAAAGGCUUUAAGAUGCCCACCAUUGAGCAAUAUGGAGGUACAAUAGAUCCAGAGGCCCAUCUGGAAAGUUUCAAGUUUGUAAUGCUCUUCCGGGGAGCAUCGAGGCGCCAUCAUGUGCCGAGCAUUCCCCUUUACCUUGAAGGGCUCGCCAAGAGCACUGAGUGGUUCGAGUGUCUCAAGCCGCGAUCAGUCUCUAGUUUCGUGCAACUUGGACGAGCCUUUAUAGCCAACUUCAUGAGCAGCAGAGUCGACAGGAAGAUAAUGGCCAAUCUGUUGGCCAUCAGACAACGUUCCAAUGAGACUCUAAGAGCCUUUCUCACAAGGUUGAACAGCGAGGCAUUAAAAGUCUGGGACUUGGACCCUAUUGUGAAAUUCCAAGCCCUACGCAGUGGCAUCAGGGAUGUAGAAUUGAAGAAGUCCAUGAUCAUGGAUGAGCCUGCCGAUAUGCACAAUCUUUUCUCGCGCUGCGAAAAGCACAUCAAUCUUGUAGAGGUUCUUGCAGCCAAGCAAGAGAAGGAAAGAGAGCCAGAAAAGAAAAAUUAG